ACGAACAAAUGGAGGAUGAAAGACGGUUUAAUCAUGAGAAGCGGUUUCCAGGAAUGCAAAAUGCCAGAGAACAGUUUAAUGAAACACAUGACACUCAUUUUGGUUCGCAUACUUCAAGUAACACCCCAUGGCCAAUGAAUCAAAAUGUGACAAGUGGUAAUUUAAUGGGGCAGCAAGAGAUGAAUGCUCCAAAUCCGAGAUGGAGAAAUGAGUCCCACGUAAACCCCACAACCGACCAUUUUAGUCCGACAAAUUCGGAGCAUGUGCCUUUUCAGGCUUUUGGACUACGACCUCCUGAUGUUCAAACUCCUUCCCUUGAUGUCAGAAUGCCAAUGAAUAACACAAGGCAAUUAAGUUAUUUUCCCAAGCAAACACAUUUUGAGCCGUUCAACCUCCGUUUUCCACAUAAAGCCCCGAAUUCCAACUUUCCCGUUCCGCCAGAAGAUAGAGGAAAUGCAGCUGAAUAUGAACAUCCAUUUCCACAUCAAUCUCUAUCCCAGACAGGUCCUCCUCCAUUGGAUGCCCACAGAAUGAACCCUAUGCAGCCACCUGUUAAUUAUUCAUCAAGGCAUUCUGGUCCAACAUCUAUUCAAAUGAUGCACGCACAACCACCUGUACGUCCCCCACCAUCUCAUCCACCACCUCUUCCACUACCAUUUUCUUUACCACCACCAAGACAGGCAUCUCAACAACCACCACCACUCCUAGUUGGCCCAAAUGUUAUGUGUGCGCCCCCAGCAACACAAAGUGUUGGUCACCCAGAUGUGUUGUAUUUUCAACAUAACAAAUUAGCGGGACAGUCAAAUCGGACCUCUAUUGAUCAUCAUCAACAUGAUCAAGGGAUGUUAUUUUCCAAUAAGCCGACUGGUCAAUGUCAAAAGGACAUUGAUGAAAGAUGGAUUGCAAAUUGGCUGAUUGGAAGAUUGGGUAAAAAAGCUACAGACGCUAAAAAGUUGAAGAUAUAUGAGGCCCAUGACAUAAUUCAAAACAGCAUGGUUUUGCUGGCAACUCUACAGAAACAGAAGAAGCUCCUCCAGACCAUUUCCGAUUCAGCAGACCCAGCAACGUGGCAGCAUGAAAUGAUGGUUGCCGAGGCAACUAAGAUGCAGUUGUGUAAUGAACAGAAGAAGUUAACAGACGAAGCCGUAGACAGCUUAGAACUGAAACUUCUGGCAAGAUCAAAGAAAAGGGAACGGAUAAAGAGGAAGAGAAAAGCGGAUUAUGAAAACAAACUGAGAGAGGAGGAGAAUCGCGAGUUAAAACACCAGGCCAUUGAUAAGUGGAGAAGACAAAUAAUACAGAAAAACCUUGAAGAAAAGCAGAACAAGGAGAUUAAAGCGUCAGCCGAUGUGUUCUUGAGUGAAGUGCGGAAGAAGUUAUCAGAUGUUAAGAAGUCAACAGAUCUGUUACACACACUUCAGAAGUUGAGGAAGAUUCGAAAAGAUUUUGCAGAAAAACAAGGUCGCUAUUCCUCGGUAGUCUAUGAUGAAGAUUUUCACAAGACAGUUGACAAUUUGACAAAACUGCUGAAGAAACAACAAGACUUGUAUCUGGAAGAGGAGAAGACACUGAAGAUUAUGUUAGAAAACGACUGGGUUGAAGCUCUCGAGAAGGAGAAAGAAGAAAAGGAAUACAUUGAUUUGGAGAAGCAGAGGAGAGAACGGAAGAAACAUCAACAGAUGUUAUUUGGAAAACAAGAAGUCCCAUCACCCAGCGAUGAUCUGUAUCCAUUUUAUCAGUAUUAUACUCAAGCCAAAAAGAACUUUGAUGCCCUAGUUCAAAUCAGACAUGGCUGGGAUAUGUACCUGGUUCCAGAAUCAUUCCCAGGACGUAGCAGGAUCCCAGAUGGCUGGGUGUUACCAUGUGACCCUUCCAGUGACACAUGGGCGUCGGCUGUCAAACACUGAUAGUACUAAACAUUGAGUGACAUUACAGUCUACUUUCACUUUCAUAUUGAUAAUAAAAUUUCAGUGAUUGUGAACACUGAUAUUAGUGACACUACAGUCUACUUUCACUUUCAUGUUGAUAAUAAAGUUUCAGUGAUUGUGAACACUGAUAUUAGUGACACUACAGUCUACUUUCACUUUCAUGUUGAUAAUAAAGUUUCAGUGAUUGUGAACACUGAUAUUAGUAACACUACAGACUACUUUCACUUUCAUAUUGAUAAUGACAAUGUUUCAGUGAUUGUGAACACAGAUAUUAGUGACACUACAGACUACUUUCACUUUCAUGUUGAUAAUGACAAUGUUUCAGUGAUUGUGAACACUGAUAUUAGUGACACUACAGACUACUUUCACUUUCAUGUUGAUAAUGACAAUGUUUCAAUGAUUGUGAACACUGAUAUUAGUGACACUACAGACUACUUUCACUUUCAUGUUGAUAAUGACAAUGUUUCAAUGAUUGUGAACACUGAUAUCAGUGACACUACAGACUACUUUCACUUUCAUGUUGAUAGUGACAAAGUUUCAGUGAUUGUGAACACUGAUAUCAGUGACACUACAGACUACUUUCACUUUCAUGUUGAUAGUGACAAAGUUUCAGUGAUUGUGAACACUGAUAUCAGUGACACUACAGACUACUUUCACUUUCAUGUUGAUAAUGACAAAGUUUCAGUGAUUGUGAACACUGAUAUCAGUGACACUACAGACUAUUUCACUUUCAUGUUGAUAAUGACUAAGUUUCAGUGAUUGUGAACACUUGAUAUCAGUGACACUACAGACUACUUUCACUUUCAUGUUGAUAAUGACAAAGUUUCAGUGAUUGUGAACACUGAUAUCAGUGACACUACAGACUAUUUUCACUUUCAUAUUGAUAAUGACAGUGUUUCAGUGAUUGUGAACACUGAUAUUAGUGACACUACAGACUACUUUCACUUUCAUAUUGAUGAUAAAGUUUCAAUGAUUGUGAACACUGAUAUUAGUGACACUACAGACUACUUUCACUUUCAUAUUGAUAAUGACAAUGUUUCAGUGAUUGUGAACACUGAUAUUAGUGACACUACAGACUACCUUUCACUUUCAUGUUGAUAAUGACAAUGUUUCAGUGAUUGUGAACAAUGAUUUUAGUGACACUACAGACUACUUUCACUUUCAUGUUGAUAAUGACAAUGUUUCAUUGAUUGUGAACACUGAUAUUAGUGACACUACAGUCUACUUUCACUUUCAUGUUCAUAAUGACAAGUGUUUGUGAUCGUCAGUUAAACAUUGAUAUUAGUGACACUACAGACUACUUUCAGUUUAAUAUUGAUAAUAAAAUGCAAGUGAUUAGUUGUCAGACACUAAUUAAAUAUUAGGUGAAACUACUUUCACUUUUAUAUUGAUGUAAUGAAGUGAUACUGAGGUGUCAUGUUAUAAAGCAUGUGGCAUGCACCAAUUUCGAAUAUGAAAAGGGUGUACAUUGCAGACUAAUUUCACUUCAAUAUCAAUAUACUCCAGUGUCAAAAACUGAUGAUAAUGAACACAGGCAAUGGAUUGACAUCUCUCGUGUUACGGAGGGUGAAGGUCACCUCUACAUUACAUGUACUUUAUUACAGCCCACCACUCACCCUAUGCCACCACACUCUCACCAUACACCCACCACUCAACAUUCACCACACACACCACUCGCCACACAUCCUACCCCACCCCCUGUUAUUAUUAAUGUGCUCCGAGCACUGAUAAUAUAUUAUUUGAACACUUGAAAUUCAGAAUAUUCUAGAGGGAAGCAUGCUCCUAAACCCCCGUAACAUCUUCAGGCUCUCAAAUUGCCAUCCUCUGGCCAAUUCCACUGGCAUUGCUCCCACCCCACCCACCCCCACUUAUCAAUAAACUCUGAGGCCCCUGAACUGAUCGGGUGAUCUCUCCCCAUGUAUCAUAGUGCAUGCAUUGUUUUUGAUAAUUAAAAACAAAAAAUGUCAUACCCUACAAAGGCAUGCAUUACGUAGGAAGUAGGAAACUGUUUUUCUCAAAGUACGUUAAGUGUCCAUUAUAAACUUGCUUCCUAAACAAUACAUUAAUUUCAUGUGGAAAAAAAGAAGAAAAAAAGUACGUACUUUGGUAACUAGGGUGUGUGGCUUUAACCAGGCGUGGAUUGAGAGAGCCCAAAACCCGUUGUUUUUGAAAGGUCCAUGACAGGUGGACGGGAUAAGCGUCUUACAACGAGUUUUAAAAAUAUCUAACUAGCGAAAGCGAUUUGAUACGUUUUUAAACAACGAGUUGUAAGAUAAAUGGUAUUUAACGGACACGAAUGUUGUAUUCUAUUUCUUGCACUACAUAUCCAGAUAAAACGAUUUUAAAAUAAAUUUAAAUGCCAUUUCCAACGAAAACCUAUUUACGACCCUUGCGCUUAUAGCUAACUUGAGCAUGCGUCACAAACAAGUAAAUUUACGGUUAUCGUGUACGUCACGAAGUCGUCGAUUCGA